AUGAGCCCCACGGCGUCCGCGACGGCGCGGCUCAUCGCGCGGUACUUCGGCCCAGCGACCUCGCGCGUCGCCGCCGCCGCCGCCGCGCCCGCCGCAGCGGCUGCCAGGGAGGCGCUGGCGCGCGCCCCUCGCGACCCCGCGCCCGCGCCGCCGGCGCCCCGCGGUGCGCCCGAGGCAGCCAACCAGGACCCGACCGAUCUGCCGGCGGUCUCAGUCGGCGUGAAAGUCAACGUGGAGCCCGACACGAUGGAGGUCUUCCGCUGCGACCCCGAGUUCCAUGACUUUGUGCACGGCGGCGAGCGGAAGUUGCGCGCGUGGGCAUGA